AUGAAGCAAAGUCUCUACAGCUCGAUCGCAGGGGCAGACUCUGAUGAAGAACCCUUUGUAAAGGUGGUGCCCACUGUCUCGAACGUUGGUACCCAGCCUUCGGUGCUUUCCCCGCAUCGAAGGGUCUAUAUUUAUGCGAACGUGUUCUCUGUGUCUGGCAUCGAUACGAUUGCGCAGCAGUUCGACUGCCACUUCUAUGUCCGGGCCAUGUGGGUUGAACCGGAACUUAAGGAUGUUGAGGAAGGCCCCUCAGAGCCCUGGGAGCCACAGUUGGUCUUCAUGAACGCGGUUUCUACUGUGGAGUUGAGCGAUCCUGAACUCAAAGUGUGCAAUUGGCGGGCUGGGCCUAAUGGGGAAAAAGUGAUGUGA